GCCGCCGUUCGCAAGUUCUAGUUUUAGUUCGGCGGAGAUAAGGGUUGCAGUAUUAGUGCCAGGGAUUUCCUUCAAUCUUUUUCACUCGCCUGGAAGAAAGUCAGGGGUCUCGCGGGGAAAGAUGAAAAAAAGUAAGGAUAUUGAAAGUCUGAAAGCUGAGCUGGACCAAGAGAGAAAUUACAGAGAUGCAAUGAUCAAAUCCAAUAAAGAUUUAGAAAACUCGAUUGAAAAGUUGGCCAAAGAUCUAGAAAUGAACCGAAAGCAAGCGGAAGACAUCGCAAGUGGCCAUUUUUCUGCCAAAAGCAAUCAGAAAUACCUAGAUCAAGUGAACUUACUAAAAAAGCUGGAGACAGACAUCGGAGUCGAAAAGGAGAAGCUGAGAAUCUUGGCGGAGGCAGAUACAGACAUAACGGAUUUGAAUUUGGAACUGUUAUCUCAGUCUGAACUUCUCCGCUUGAUCAAACAGUUGGAGCGGAUCAAAGUGGAUCUACACAGCUCUCUUCAAGAAACUGAGAACAAAAUCGACGCAUGCUCACAGGAAUUCUAUCGACUGGAUGAGAUGCGGCAAAUGUACAUCACGGAGCAGGAUUUGAAGAACCGCAGCAAGAGACAUCCACCCACCCCGUCGGCCUCGAGCCGGAAGCACAAGUGAGACGCACCCGCUAAGAAAUCAACGUACUCACCAUCGUGAGCUCACAAUCAUCCGGAAAA